GAUCGGGAGUUUAAUACUAUAUACGCAAAUGAAUCUAAUUAAAACAUUGAUUUUUUUAUACUUGUUCCGAGACACGCACAAUUAAAGCAUACAUGUAUGAAUAACAGUUUUGAUUAAGAAUUUGUUUAGACUGUAAACAGUGCGAUAUGGAACUAAACGACAUUAAAAAGGAAUAUCCAUCGACUGAAGUGGUUAAACAUUACAAAGGUAAAACUAUGUCUGGAAUUCAGUUGACAAAACAACAGGCCAAGGAAGGAUCCGGCAUUAACUUGAAUUUUUUUCAAAGUAAGAGCAAAUUUUCGAAGGCUGCAGGAGCAAAAAUAAAAUAUCUUGAAGCGAACUCGGACAAAUUCAUUUUUCUAGGAAAAGUCGUGUUGCUUCUUGCGUAUUUUGUAUAUUUUGGCUUCGCGUUGUCUUAUCAUUUUGGUGAUGAAGGGUCCUGGAGGUUGAUCGGAGGUACAAUUUGCGGGAUUCUCAUCAUUUUCCGGAACUUUCUUAAAAGGUCAGGCAUUUAUUUAAAACUGACUUCCGGUUUUCAAGCGAUCUGCACUGAAUAUUCAAAAGGUAAUCGGAGCGUGAUUUUAAGAUGGUCCUUGUACAUUGCGAUGUCUGCUUUCUUUGUCAUAUACUUGGUAAUAGCUGUUGCCAUGAAGACGCCAGAAAACCUUUGGUCAUUAAUCGGAUUACUAGGAUUCCCGCUGUUAUUGUUCCUGUAUUCCAACAAUAAAUGUAAAGUCAAUUGGCACACCGUUUUCUGGGCCAUGGCUAUUCAAUUCAUCAUGGCGUUGUUGAUUUUGAAGACAAGUUGGGGAGCUAACGUUAUCCGCUGGGUUAGCAAACAAGUAGAAGAGCUACUGGCUCAUGGUGAAGCUGGAAGUAUUUUUCUGUUUGGAAAAACUUAUAAAGAUCACUAUUUUGUAUUUGGUGUUACGGCCAAAAUCUGUGUCGUCAUCAUCGCAAUAUCCGUGCUGACAUACCUCGGUGUUAUCAAGGCGAUUGUGGACACUGUCGGACGUGCCCUGGCAUUCUGUCUUGGAACAAGUCCUGCCGAGGGAAUUAAUGCUGUUGGGAAUAUUUUCCUGCAUGUGCCUGAGUCAGCAAUUUUAGUGCAGGAGUACCUACAAGAAAUGACGCCUUCUCAAUUGUUUGCGACAUAUGCCGGAGCCUUGUCGACAGUUGGCGGCACGUCUUUGGUAGUUUUCAUGGCAUUUGGGAUUCCAGCAGCCCCUCUGAUUGCCGCCUCAGCAAUGUCGGCCCCAGCGGCUUUGGCUGCGUGUAAGCUCUGCUUUCCUUCUCACAACGGGGAAGAGGUUUUGGUACGAACUGCUAAUGAUGUGGAAAUAAACAAUUCCACUAUAUCAAGAGCAGCGACGUCUUUGUUAGGCUCGAUCAUAACAGGAAUACGUCAGAGCACUACGAUUAUUGUGCAGUUUGUUGCUUUCGUUCUGGCCUUCGUCAUCAUCAUGGCAUUUCUUAACAGCACGUCGGUAUGGUUUGGCGAAAGAAUAGGCGUAGAAAACAUGACGCUUGAGGUAAAUUGGCACACUAUUUACUGGUCGAUGGUGUUUCAAUUCAUCAUGGCAUUACUAAUCUUGAAGACGAGUUGGGGAGCAAGUGUUAUACGGUGGUGCGGAGCUAGACUCGAGUCGUUAGUCGAAAACGGAAAAGCUGGAAGUGUGUUUAUAUUUGGUAAAACAUAUACAGACCACAGAUUUGCAUUUGGUUCAAUGGUACAAGUUUUUGUACUGAUCAUCGGCAUGUCCGUUUUAACCUACCUUGGAGUCAUCAAGUACAUUGUAGAAACCCUUGGUAGAGCACUUUCAUUCUGUAUAGGAACAUCUCCUUCGGAAGGAAUCAACGCAGUUGGCAAUAUGUUUUUGCACGUGCCUGAAUCUAUUAUGCUGGUACAAGAAUACUUGCCGGAAAUGACGCCAUCGCAGUUGUUCGUGACAUAUGCAGGUGGUAUGGCAACCGUCGGUGGUGUGUCGUUAAUCAUAUUUAUGUCAUCAGGGGUUCCUGCUGCCCCACUUGUUGCUGCUUCAGCAAUGUCGGCACCAGCAGCUCUUGCCGCGGCAAAAUUGUGUUUUCCUUCACAUGAUGAAGAAGAGGUCCCUAUUCCAGCAGAAGACAAUAAUGAUAAAAAGAAAGUCGCUAUACUAAGACAUCCAAAAUCUUUAAUGGACGCAAUUAUUAUCGGAAUACGUCAGAGUGUUGCCCUUGUUGUGCAGGUAGUUGCCUUCCUCAUGUCUUUCAUCAUCAUACUGGAGUUUGUCAACAACACAUUGAUUUGGUUCGGUGAUAGAAUUGGUGUGGAAAAUAUGACUAUAGAGUUUCUGUUUUCCUAUGCAUUUUAUCCGUUUGCAUUUCUAAUGGGGGCAAGGCCAGAAGAUUGUUUGUUCAUCGGGGAACUUUUAGGAAUACGGACAUUCAGUUUAGCUAUUGUGGCAUAUCCGAAGUUGGGUCCGAUAAUGAAGAAUGGCGUUGCCUAUAGAUCUUACAUAGCAGAAAGUGUGAACAAUACGUGGAUGGCUGUUGGUAACGACAUAGUUCUUGAUAAACUAAAUCAGACGUUAGUUGGCGGUGUUAUAGAUCCAAGAUCAGAAAUUAUCGCUACAUAUGCCUUGUGCGGUUCAGCCUCCUUUGCAGUCAUGGGUCUAAUUAUAGGUUCAUUUGAAGUAAUUGUUCCACACAGAAUAGGGGAAAUAACUAAUCAUAUUUUUAGAGCUAUGAUAGCAGGAACCGUGGCAAGUUAUCUCACAGCAUGCUUUGCAGGUUUACUAUUUGAAGAAGAAUUGAGUGCAUAAAACUGAAAACUUGCUCAAUGAAAAUGUGAACAUAUUUUAUACUUGUGUUGUAUAAUAAUGCGAUAAUGUGUAACAAAUGCCUGACUAAACAUUGGAAAAAUUCAGAUCAUAGAACUGACAAACACGAGCAUCGAUUUCACGUGUGACCCGUGCAUGUUUUAUCAUCAUAUUUUAUGAAACUCAUAUUUUUGUUAUUCUUACGCCAACUCUG